CAAAGCUAUACCCUGGUUGCUCUCAUAUAUCUUCCGUGCGAAACCCGGUUCCGCGCCCACGCCCGCGUCAGAGCUAGCUCGAAUACACCGCUCCGUCCUCCAUCACACCCUAUCUAGAGCUUGCAGAACAAUAUGGCCAAGUCCGGCAUGCCUGAUCCGUCUGGUUUCGGUUCUGGUUCCUGUUCUACCUCCGUCGAUGCCCAUGUCCAGGUCGCAGAGCAACUGAUCGCAGAGCUGGAUACUAUGGCUCGAAGCACUCAUAUCGAUGAACUACGCACCGCGAUCAAGGAUAUGCAAGACAUGGUUCUUGCAGCAAGAGACGCGGCGAAUCGCGCUAGCCAAUGCCGCAAAGUUUGCAUGCGGUGGUACGAGUUAAUCAAGGCUGCGGUGAUGUCGUGUCCUCCGGAGCCAAAUCAAGAAAUCAUGGAUUGUAUCGCUCGUAUCCACAAGGAGCUGCAGCAAUCCCGGACAGAUCUAUGCAAGGUUGCAAGUCGUGAACCUAGCACAGGCCUAAGCUUGAGGCGGCUCACGAACUCAACCUCUGACGAAUUCCUCAUGUCUCGGACGGAGGAAAGGGUGGACUACUCGAUCAAGCUCGCCCAGAAAGCCGAACUGUUCCCUCCAGAGUAUUCGAUGCCCGUUCCCAAGCUGGAACCCUGGAACUACCACCUCUCGAAAAACCCCGACCUUCUGAUGCGAUCCGCACUAUGGUGGUUUGGGUAA